ACGCAGAAAGAGCUCAUGAAACGCAUGCUUUAUGGUGUUAAAAUGCUGACCGGACUAAGUUUGUUAGGUUAACUUUCUAUCGUUAUAUUUUCAAUUUUUAUUGAUGCAGAUUUUUUGACAUCUUUUUAUACAAACUAUGUUGCCAGUUCAUACUUUAAAUAAUGGACAACAAAUACCGGGGAUUGGAUUGGGAACAUUUCAGAUGAAACAAGUGUCAGGGGAAGAUUUAAUUCACAGAACUAUUGAUACAGCAAUCCACUGUGGCUACAGGCUCAUUGAUACUGCUGCUGUAUACCGGAAUGAGGCAGAUAUUGGGGAGUCACUGAAAAACCUUUUGCCCAAGUAUGGUCUCUCCAGAUCUGAUAUUUUUCUGACAAGUAAACUGUCCCCCAGAGAUCAUGGUUUUGAUAGCACAGAAAAGGCUUUUAUGAAGUCAUUGAAGGCACUAGACUGUGCAUAUCUUGACCUGUAUCUUAUACAUUGGCCUGGUGUUCAAAAACUCAAGAGUGAUGAUCCUAGGAAUGCGGAGCUGAGACAAGGAAGUUGGAAAGCUUUAGAGAAACUUUAUAGCACUGGUUUAGUCAAGUCAAUUGGAGUAUCAAACUACACUGUAGAUCAUCUGGAAGAACUUCUUCAGUAUUCAACAGUCACACCUGCUGUUCUUCAGGUUGAAUUCCAUCCCAUGCUUUACCAGAAAGAUUUGCUUGAAUACUGCAAGAGUAAAGGAAUUCAGUUGCAAGCAUACACCUCUUUGGGUCAAGGAAAACUUUUGGAGGAACCAACUGUGUGUACCCUGGCCGCAGAGUACAGAAAAUCAACAGCUCAAGUGCUUCUGAAAUGGGCUCUUCAGCACGAUGUUGGGGUUAUUCCAAAAUCUGUUAAGGCUCAACAUAUUAAAGACAACAUCUGCCUCACCGACUUUCAUCUUUCUGAACAUGACAUGGAGGUGCUUGGCCGGAUGCACUCCAACACCCGUUUUUGCUGGGAUCCUACGAGAGUGAAAUGACUUCGGUUAGACCUGGAGUUUGCAAAUUUUGGUAUAACUACGUUAUACAAUGGACUGUGAGCGGUUAGCUUGCAUUAAAUAAAGGCGGUACGGAGGACGGAAGGACCGAACUGAGCGAGGAAAAAUUCAUCCAAUGCCAAGCGCCGGUGAUCACCUUGCUACCAUCGUGGGAUAAUGUGCAGCAAGUGCCAAGCGCGGAGAAGCAUUCAACAGGCGCUGUACACGGGAAACGAACCUACUACCAACACGUUGCAGAUACACAAGUACUCGGCGAAAAACGCAGGAAAACAUUGAGCUUAAGGACAUCUGGCGAAGUUUGAAUAAGUCGCAAGAGUUAAAAAUCAACAAAUAACUAGGAUAUACAGUUUAUCUGUUCCAACUUAUAAUGAGUUGAAUGCAAUGGUUUAACUUUUGAAGAAGAAGCUCUAUUUCAUAGUAUGUUUUACCAGGUAAUUCACUGAAAUAUCGAGCCAAGGAGAAAGCUGUUAAUCAGGAGCAACUGGAAAAACGAAAAAAAUCGCAGAGUGCUCUUUGACUAGGCAGUGGAAAGGCGAGAAAAGAGCUAAGAGCAUUCCUUUCAAUAUUUUCCGGGAUGUAAGUCUCUUAAUCGACUAAAAUAAUUAUGUCUGUCUACUGGCUUGGGACAAUAUUAACUGAGAACGUUUGCCUAAAUAUGUUAUGCCAGAUUUGAUAAAAGUGAGUCAAGCGCCUCGGUGAAUUAUAAAAGCUGGUGUUUCCGAUCGCUAGCUUUCUGUUGGACUUAAAGAAAAGUUAUUUUGUAUUAACAUCGUGAUUACAUGAUUAGUGGGAACGUCAGCUUUUCAAAUUUCGCUACCGUGGGUUACUUACUUUUAUCGAAAUAUAGUAAACUGAAACAAACCUACUGUUUGACAUGCCAGCGGACGCGGAAUUACAGUUUCUCUAGAAACCAUAUUACAGUUUACAGUAGAUUUGCAGUUUUUCUUUGGCCUUUAAAAUAUAAAAAUUGUGGCGUUUCUUAUAAAGUCAAAGGUUAAGAUUAGUACACGUAAUUCAUUAUUUUUUUACAUGUGACAUUUGCAUGAUAGUUGUGUAUCGUUUAUUUACCUCAGCCUACAAUAUAGAUUUAAAACUCCAAUGAUCAAAAAGCUUCAUGGAUUACCGAGACAAACAUAGGCUAUUUUUAUGAAUAACUUUAGGAAUUUAAGGUGGCUGGAGACAGUUUUCCGUCUAUUGACUGUAUUAAAAGCGCUCAAAAACUAAUUUUCCCUCUUCGCAGUCAAACUAAUUCCACACAUGUGUUGACUAAAGGAUGGAAGUUUGAAAUAGUGGGCGGGCAUAGCAAUCGAUUCUAUUAUGCCAAUGUUAUGGGAAAAUCCCGUUAAACAAUUUUGGGACGGAAAAUAAAAAGGCGAACGUGAGUUAGUUUUAAAUCAA